UGACAUUUUAUUUACUGUAUUUACCCGAGAGUAAACAGAAACGCUCUCUCUUUCGCCGGGAAUAUAAUUGAAUAUUCCGUUCGACAGAUAUACGUCGCUACAGACGCGUACUCGUCAUAUCUUCGCUGACAGCUGACAGCUGACAGCCGGACGAGGAAGGAUGCCCGGGACUCCGAUGGAGCAGGACAACAACGUGUUGGGGAAGCUGCAGAGCGAACGCUCGCCGGACGAACCGAAGAACGAGUCCGUCGUGCGCGAAAUCACGCAGACCGAUCGGCUGAACAAGAAGCUGCUCGUGUCGGUCCUCGAGCGGAUGAAGAAAUCGGACGGGCAGUUCGACAAGUUUAUGGAGGACGAGAGGGGAAAUUGCGAGUCGCACGACGACAGCGAUUUCUAUACUUUAUAUACUAUCAUGACGGACAUUCCUGAUUACGAGGGGGAUGAUGAUAUCGUGGAUUACUAUGAGAAUAAAGAGUCUGAUGAUGAGCGUGGUAGCCUUGGAGUGGCAGAGGAAGCAACUUCGGAUAACGAAGGAGAAAGUGCACGAAGAAUCGAUCCAUCAAAGCCUAAAUCGCAUACAGUAAGAAAACCUAUUCCCAAAUUGAACACAGAACGAUUGAAAGGUGCAAAUGGUAUUCAUACCAUCGAAAAGUAUUUCGAGGGUUUCAAGUUUUAUGGAAAAGGACACGAGAAGACAGACCUCGACAGGAUCAUGAAAAGAUUGGAACACUGGUCCUACAGAUUAUUUCCAAAGUACCAUUUCGAUGAUUUUCUUACAAGAGUCGAGCAGCUUGGAAAGAAGAAGGACUUGCAGGUUUUUAUUAAAAGAUACCGAUUGAAUAUGGUCUCUUCGGAUGAUAAUUUAAUUAUCGAUGAUAAUGUGGAUGAUGAAGAGGAUCAACAAGAAAGUGCACCUCUGGACGACUUUGAUUUAUUAAUAACUGAACAAAUUCAAAAACAAAAGCAAGCUGAAGCACGAGCUUCUACACCUGCAGCUCCCAGCACUUCUAACGAGGAUGCGUUUGAUCUACUUUUGACACAAUCCAAUAAUAUAUCAAAUUCACAAGCACCAGAACCUGCAAGCACUGCCAAGGAUGAUUUGAGCACUGAGAUGAAAGAAAGGAUUGAAAGAAACAAACAGCUAGCUAUUCAAAGAAGACUUCAGAGGCAGAAGGAACGCGAGGAAGAAGAAUCCAAGAAAAUGAAAUUGGUCGAAAGCACAAAUAUAGAAACUCUAAAUGAAAAUAAUAAUCCUACAGUUCAUAACGAGAUAGAUGCAUCUCAGGUCGAUAGUACGGGCUCACAAAUCAAUGAAAAUGAAAAUGAAGCAAUUGGUGGUAAAUUGGAGGAAGUACUAUCGAGUGAGAAGCCAAUAACAGAUGAUAUUUAAGCGAAGUAAAAUAUUUACUAAUAUAAAAUUUUUAUUAUAUUCACAUAUAUAUGCGUAUA